UGCAGCAACAGCAUGGUUUCAGCACUCGAGUGUCGGUCAGCCCAGGGCAUGCAGUCAGCCCAUGUCUCAUAGCGCUCCACCCAUCAGUCAGUCAGUCGUAUAUAUACAUGUAUGUGCGUACAUACACAUGUAUGGAGACACGGGCGGGGCCAAGUCUGCGGACUUCUCCGUUUCAUUCGGCCCCCUCCAGCUUCUGAAGAAACGUACACAUAAGAGGGAGGUGAUGGAUGCUACGUAGAGAGACACCAUGUCUCGUCUGACCUUCAGAAGAGUCGAGGCAUAGCCUGGCGUGUAAUACAGCACCUGACCACAGACACAGCAGAUGAACACACACAGCUGGCUGUUGGAGCUUUUCUGUGCGCUGAGUCUUGAGUUCCUGGCCGCCUCCGUACCACUUCCGGUGGGUAGAUCUGGUUGAUCUCGCUGGAACAGAGACACGCGGUAGAAGCAUACAUAGCCAUGAGUGAGCUGGGGACCAGUGUCGUAUCGACUAUCUAUCCCUACUCGAUGUAGUCUCUCAGUUUGGUUCCGGGCUCGGCCUGGAUUUCCUGUGGUGACAUACAUACAUCCAUCCAUUAGACACAGUGAACAGUACAGAGCCUGUUCCAGCGCGAAUGGGAGGCCACCUGGAUCUUCUGCAGGCCGCCCGACUGGACGAAUGAACGUCUUGCCUGCAGGUCAUGGGGCAGCACCUUGGCGAACUGCUGCACAACGUACCUGCGGUAAGUAAGCCAAACCAACACGGAGAGGGAAAAGGGGCGCAUGGUUGAAUGCAUUGCACACAGAGGCUCCUCCCUCUGCCUCGCUCGCUGGUGUGUGAGCCCCCGGGGGUGUGCUUCUGUGUGUCUGACUUGAGUAUGUUGGGCGGUGCCUCUUGCAGCAGGGGCUCGAGUGCGGGCAAGUGUGUGCAUUUUUGCAGGACGCUCUUGAGCGCCCUCUUGGCCUUUGUCUUGAGGUCCUCACUCGACUCCUGAUAGAGAUACACCGCCAAUAACCUCCGAAACACGUCCGCCUCAGCCAGCGCCCGUGCGUGAUCCGGGCUGUGACGACCAAUCUGACCAAGGGACCUUCACACACACACGCACAGAGGUCGUGUGGUGUGUGGGCAGUAUACUCCUGGGUGUCAGCUACCUACCAUGCCGCAGCAGCCUUGAUGUGGUCCUCCUGCUCAUUCAUGAGGGUGUCCUUGAGUGGCGGGAUGCCCUUGGACACUAUGACGGCCAGAGCCAAAGUCUCAGAAAAAGCCGCUAUGUAACCAAGCGUCAUGACUCCCGGCAGCCUUGAAAGACGGAGCACCCGUCAGACCCAUCACACAUUCAUCAGAGCGCCUCGUCUUCAGUACGGCUGCCCACAUAGGGUUGUGUCGCUUACUUACCUGUUGUUCCCUCUCGCCUCGGUGACGAAAUCGACGAUCGCCGCCACGCCACCUACGGACGUCACGAUAUCAACCAUCCACACAAGCUGACUGGAGGCCAGCCUUUUUCCGCCUGCUGACCUGCAUUGACUAUGAGUUUGGCCAAGUCGGGUGUGUGGCGGGCGAUUUCCCGCAGGCAAGUGGCUGCAUUCUUCCUGACAAGCUCGUCCGUAUCCUUCAAGCAGUGCAGGAUGCGGGGGAAAAUCUCGGCCUCCACCACAACCUGACCACGCACGACCGGUCGGCUCGUGAGCAGCCAGUGUGGUGUGACAUGGGAGAGACAUGCAAAACCAGUGACAGCCAACCUACUUCGGCCAGGUCGACCGAGUGUUUUGCGAUCUGGGCGAGACACCCACACACCUGGAGGAAGGCGCCACGUACGUCCACCAGGCACUACCCUGUCACCAUUUUGAGCAAGUGCUCGCCGUACUUGUCUUUUGAGAGCUGCAUCCACGUGAGAGAUCUCCUUGGCCAGAAGUGUUACCGCUCCGGCGUCCACGACGCUCUGCCGAGCCACGCGACACAGACACGAGCACGUGAGCGCAGCUGCCUGGUUGCGGAUGGGCGAAGAUUCGCCAUAAACGACCUGUGCGAGCUCGGGAGAGUGCUUGGAUAUGUCGGAGAGUGCACUCGCUGAGAUGCGCUUCAGGGUAAGCUCGGGUUCCUGAAUGUGCAGAGCGAGGUGUGGAGAGACGCAGCCAUUGUGCGCUUAAAUAAGGCCGGUCGCCAGCCACACAUUUGCGUGGCACGCAUGGUACCUGAAAACAAAGCACCAACAACGGCACAGCUCCGGCGUCCACAGCGUUCUGUGCCAGCUCUUUCGUGUGACGAGCUAUGUAGCCUGAAGGCAGUCGACGGCAACGGUAGUAAGACAACUGAUGGGCACUCAGCGCGUAAAGAACGCAGGCAGUGGGUAUGUACCUAGGGCCCAUGCUGAAGCUUCUUUGACUGACGGGUCGAACUCCUCGAGACAGGCAACCAGUGCAUCGAGAGCACCACUGUCAAUAACAGCCUGAAUCGAGACAGCCACACAGACACACAGACACGUACCCAUAUAUCGGAGCGCGGCAUAAGCAAAUAGGCAUCUGCGCGAGCAAACACACCCUCUUUGUGGACUGACCUGGGCAAGCUGGGGCGAGUGCUUUGAGACGGCACGCAGGACAAAUGCAGCAGCCUUCUUGUAAAAACGCUGCCACAGUCACGGGAGGGACAACAAGUGCGGAUGUUUGUGGGGUCCUUGCAGACGACGGCCCUUGCCCACGGACGUUCUGUUGGGCGAGGGAGUAGACCAGCUGCGGGAGGAUCUCAUGCGUCACAACGGCCUCCGCGAGCUCCUCGCUGUAGUUCGCCAAACGACCGAGGGCUAAGGCCGCCGAUUGCUGGAUUGAGGCGACAUUGUCCAGAAGAAGUGGCCGCAACAAGGCCAUGACCCCUAUUGCAGUGCAAGCACGACGAUGAGAAAGCCAUCAUAUGGUACGGUGUGGAAUGAUUGAAGUGACUCAUCCCAUUACCCGCAUUCUGCAGGACACCAAUGUUCUGCGGCCGUGUGGCGAGAUCAGCAAUUUGCUGAACAAACGUGACCUGCAUUAGUGAACAGCAAAGCUUUGCCGUGGCAGUGGCAACCGCUGGCGGCAGUGUGGGCAACCUACCCUGGCCUUCUGGUACUCUUCGAAGCACACCAACACGCCCCUGCUCAUUGUUUGGUCGUGUGAAGUGGCAAGCUGGUGGCGGCCUGUGAUUCCUGGGGGCCUCCAGUCUCGCCCCCAAUAGUAAGCUCGCAUCGGGGGCACUUCUUCUGCAAAACGCUCUUGGCGAUGGGAGACGCAACGACUAAGAUGUGAAGCGCGAACGCAACGACUAAGAUGUGAAGCGUAGUGAAGCGAACAAAAUCUACAGACAUGCAACACAAGGACACAUAAGGACACAUAAGCAGAGACAUGCAGAUGAAUGUGGCGACACAACACACAUUCAUUCGCACCGUGGGUUUGACGCAUUCCACAGAGCGCAGGCUGCCUCUGAGGCUCUGACGCCCGCCUUCACCAUGAACGCUUGCCGCAAGUCUGGUC